AUUUGAACGUUGGUUUGACGUUUGUGUGUUUUGAGUUUGAGACUACAAAGCAGAAGUUUAUUUAACGAAAAUAUAAAAAUGAGUGGCGGAAAAGAAGCGAUGGAAGUUGAAAUCGAGACUUCUUCUACAGCAGAAUGCUCAAAAUCUUCAAUGGAUACGUCCACUGAAGUAAGCAAAAAUGUCAUGGCUUCAGGAGCCGUUGGUUCCAUAACUUGUUCCUUGCAUCCCUUGGUUAUUAUGAACGUAUCAGAACACUGGACUAGAGAAAGGGCUCAAGAAGGCGCUGUUCAACAGGUGAUUGGAGCUCUCAUUGGCAAACAAAAAGGCAGAAAUAUUGAAGUAAUGAAUUCAUUCGAGUUAGUUUUUAGCGUUAUUGGAGGUGAUAUUGUUAUUGAUAAGGAUUAUUAUAAUAUGAAAGAAGAACAAUUUAAACAAGUUUUCAGUGACUUAGAUUUUAUUGGAUGGUAUACAACAGGAGAUGCUCCUGGUGUUAUGGAUAUUAAAGUGCACAAACAGAUUUGUGAAAUAAAUGAGUCUCCAAUAUUAUUGAAAUUGAAUCCUUAUGAUAAAAAUAUCGAACACUUGCCAGUCAACCUCUAUGAAUCUGUGAUUGACUUAGUAAAUGGUGAAGCUACAAUGCUUUUUGUACCUCUAACAUAUACACUAGCUACUGAAGAAGCUGAACGUAUAGGUGUAGAUCAUGUAGCUAGAAUGUCUGCUACAGAUUCUGGAGAAAGUUCCUUAGUAGCUGAACAUCUUACAGCACAGCACAGUGCCAUUAAAAUGCUGCAUUCCAGAGUCAGAUUGGUACUGGAAUAUAUGAAAGCAGUACAAACUGGUCAACUGCCCAGGAAUCAUGAAAUACUCAGAGAGGCAUAUUCAUUGUGCCACAGAUUACCUGUCAUAGAUGGGGCUAGGUUUAGGCAAGAUUUCUAUAAUCAAUGUAACGAUGUAGGACUUAUGACUUACUUAGGCACACUUACCAAGGGUUGUAAUGAUCUAAACCAGUUUGUAAAUAAAUUCAACAUCCUCUAUGAUAGACAAGGGGUAGGCCGAAGGAUGAGGGGUAUUUUCUUCUAA